AUGAAGCACUUUGAUCCUAGUUGCUCUCUAACAGAAGACGACCACCUGAAGAAGAUAAAGAUGACCUUACGGUCUUUUGCUCCUGUUCAUACCAGUGUCUUGACUUCAGGUCCUCCUGGAGCGAAAAGCGAACCUCCCUUCCGACAACUGUGUGCCAUACACUGGCUUUUGAAAGCUUUGGCUCUUGAAUCCAGCAGUUUGAAGCAUUCCAUACGAAGGUGUUGGAAUCCAAUGGACCCUGGUGGUUCUAAAGAAACAGUAAAAGAAACUGAAGAGGAAAAGUUAGCAACAUGCAAGUGGGAGCUCUUUAUUACAAAGACAAAGAAAUGCACCUGGAAAGCACGAUAUGGUCCACUCAGCAGGAAGAUAAACAAGACAUCUACUCCAGGCAUCUCUCAGCUUAGCGGUCAGUCAUCUCCCCGUGGUCAAACCCCUCGUGGCAGCAUAACUUCCACUGUACUUUGCUCUGAAGAUGACGUCAAGAUUAAUGUAGUUUCAUCCGAUGUUAUGAGUGAGUCAGCACAAGCCAAACAACAACCACCUUUUUUCCCCUCCCUACAGAAAGUCAUCCAGGUAACACAUGAAGAGGUGUCAAAAGAUGUCCAUAAACAAGAAGAUAUCGUUAAGACCACCGGACUGCAGCGUUUGUUGCCAGUGGCUCAGAAGAACUGCAGAGGAGACGUGCCAUUCAUUAAGGACCAAGAGAGCAUAAUAUCUAGGAAGCAGAGGCCCAAAAAGCAGGAGUAAGGCCGUGGCUGCCGUAUCAGCUCUUUCAUUAAAAGCAAAUCUAACUUGUGUGCCAACGUGAGGCAAAAGUUCACAGCAGUGCGUGAAGCAGCAGCUUGUCGUUUACACGAUACCCUAGAGAGCCUUGAGAGGAGGCAGGAAGAGCGAUGUUUUCAAAAAUACCAGGCUUUGAAACAAUUGAAGUAUUUUGAAAGAGACAUGGAAAGAAUAAGACAGCUGGGCAUGAGAGCCGAAAAAGAACAUGACGAAGAUGGACUAAACUGGUUUUCCAUAUUGCUUGCCAGACUCCCAGAGUCUGUGAAGAGUGACCAUCAUGUACAGAAAAUCUUAAAGAAACUGGAAAAAUACAGCAAGACUCACAACUUGAGAAUUCAUCCAGACACCUUUCUUAAGGCUCUGGCUGACCUACAGGUGUGGGAGCUGUGUUCUCCAGAAAUUGCUGCAGCUGUGGAGUUUGUACGUGAAAGUGUUGUGCAGAUGCCAGAAGAGGAUUUCAGUGAGUGGUUUCAGAAAAGAGUAGCCUCUCUCAGUGCACAGACUUCUACCUUUUAA